GGCAUACUGCCAUCCUUGGGGCAAAUGCAAAUCAAAUUAAACAAGAGGAAACAGCAGUUGAAGAGGAGAAAAGCAAACAAAGCAAAGCAAAAACCCUGGCUUCAGUUCAGAGCAAAAAAAAAAAACAUGUCCCUCCACCGCCAUGUUUGCACAACCACCUCAAAGCUCUCAGCAGCAGCAGCAGCAGCAGCAGCAGCAGCGAUCCCUUGGAAGUACAAGAAGUUCGCGAUAGCACAGGGCCAGAAGUCCCUCACUGACUACCUCCACGCUACUCGCUGCAUCCCUUACGCCUACGCUGACAAAAUCGCCAAGAACUCCCUCACAUCCCUCACCACCCUCAUCACCACUACUCUCGGUGGUUCCUUCUCCCCUCCCCACUUCCCCCACAACCUUAACAAGUUCCUCAGGUACCACCCCAUCAACGAAUUCGAGUUCUUCUUCGAGAGCAUCGGCAUUCAUCCCUCCAAGCUCGGUUCUUUGCUGCCCCAAGACAAUUUUUUUUUCUCAGAAGAUGAUACCCUUUUGAAUGCUGCUCGUGUUCUCCAUGAAUUUGGGUUUCCCUGGGACAGGCUUGGGAUUUUGUAUGUGGAGAGUGGCUGCUUUUUCAAGUGCGGUGCUUCUGAGUUGAAGGGUAGGCUUUGUAGGUUCAAAAGGUAUGGUUUUUGCAAUGCGCAGGUUGUGGGGAUAUGUUUGGCUUUUCCCUUUGUGUUUGAUGGCCAAAAGGGUGAUGAGGUUGAGGCUUUGUUUUGUGAUCUGGGAUUGCUGUUUGGGGAGCUUGGUUUGGCUGAGUGUGUUGAGGGGAAGGGGAACAAUAGUGUUGAUGAUUGGAUUGGGGUGUGUAGGAAGAUAAGGUUGUUUUAUGAUUUGAAUGGUGGGAGGAGCUUAGUGGAACUCGUUGGAGGGAACAAUGGUGUUGGUGUAGGUGUCAUUUUGGAGCAUGGGGAAGAGGAGUUGGUUCAAGCAACUGAGUAUUUUUGUAGUUUUGGUGCGAAGAAGGAGGAUGUGGCGCGGUUGAUUGUAGAUGGACGGGAGUUGUUGGAGCUUGAUUUGAAGACACGGGUGGUUGAUGUGGUGAAGCUGUUGAAAUACUUUGGAAUGAGCUCCGACGAUGUUGAGGAUGUUAGGAGGGAUUAUGCUCAUGUGUUGGGGACAGUUAAGAUGGGUAAUCUGCCCAACGUGAUGAGGGCUUUGGGUUUACAUGAAUGGUUCUUUGGUAAGAUCAAGGAUGGGAAUCAUUGGUUGUUAGUUAGUUUUGUUGCGAGCUAUCCCAAUGAAGUCCAGGAUGAAGGCUAUCUAGGUUGCUUGAAGGCGAUUCAGGAGUCGAGAACCCCAACUCACAAUAUUAGCAAGUUGAAUUUCUUGCACGCCAUUGGCUUUGGCGAAAAUGCUUUGACCAUGAAUGUGUAUGCUCAGAUGCAUGGAACAAGUGUCGAGUUACAAAAGAGAUUUGAUUGCCUUCUACGUCUUGGGAUUGAGUUUUCGAAGGUCUGUAAGAUGAUCACGAUUUAUCCUAAGAUUCUUAGCCAAAACCCUCAAAAUUUAGAGCAAAAGGUUAAUUUCUUUUGUCAAGAAAUGGGACACUCGCUGGAGCAUUUGGUAACUUUUCCAGCAUUCUUGUGCUUUGACUUAGAGAACCGCAUUAAGCCUAGGUACAGGUUCCAUAUGUGGAUUAUGGAAAAGGGUCUGUCUUCCAAAAAAUAUUCCAUUGCAAGCAUGGUUGCGACAAGCAACAAGAAUUUUGUUGCUCGUGCUUUUAAAAUUCACCCAGCUGCUCUGAAACAUUGGUUUGAGCAAUUCUAUCCAAGAAAUUUGCAAGUGUGAUGACAAUGAUUUUUUACAAUUGUGAUUGUCUAUGAAACUCCAACAAUUAUUCCAAACUAAUUUGUACAGAUUCUUAAACUUGGUUACUUCCUAUUUUUUGGUUUGGAGUUGAAGACAAACCUUUCGGAGUUUGGAUAUUGUUGGAGAAAUUGUGAGAGAGGUGUAUUUGCUUUGCAGUGAUAGUGAGACAUUGAGAAUGACCUGGAAAUUUCUUAUCAUGCUUUACUUCAUUCUUAUGACCUGAUCUCAGUCCUGAUUCAGACAGAAAGAAACCACAAAUUCUGUGAACCAUUAGUUGUGCUUCUUCAAAGUGAUUAUAUCAGGUAGGACAACCAUUUGUAAGUAUUUGUACUUUUAACACGACUUCAUUGAUUUGAUGCUUUCAAAUGAACUUGUUUUCCCCUUUAAAUUUUAAACUUGUGUAUAUGAUAAAUAAUUCAGAAAUUAUUCAGUGCAACUUUGAUGGGAUGGUUAAGGCCAGAGGUUGGCUCAUAUACUGGUACUAAACUUUAUUACAUUCUAGAAGCUUUAGAAUGGGUAGAGUUUCCCAUUACCCUAAACUUUUAAUCAUAAAUUUUUUUUCAGUCAUAGAUUCUUGGGCCUUAGCACAUGUUUGGAAUAUCUAAGGUUUUACCAUAGAAGAUCAGAUUAUUCUAAUUAUUUCCCAAUAUACUUGUUUAAUACUAACAAUCUAAAUAUAUAAGUAUUUCCUAAUGAGUAAUGAUAUAGCUGUUCAGGAAGUGGAUUGGAUGGGAACAAAUGUUUUAAGUAUUUGUUUCUCUUCCUCUCUUGGAUCCAAUGUUGCUUAUGAAUAGUUUCAUUCACUUUUGCAUGGCUUUUCACAAUUAUUUAUUUGGUUUCUCUAUAAAGAUUAGUUGUUUAUCUGUUAUCCAGAGAGGUUGGUAAUAAGUCACCAGAAAUUCUAGCAUCACUUAAUAUUCUUCACUUUAUAGUUAUUUUACUGUAGAAAAAUGGGGAAAUCUAAAUUUUGAUGAAUUUCUUUUCAGUGAGUGUAACGAACUGAGAACAGAUCCAUCUUUCUCCAGGUAGGGUGAGGAUUAGGGAAGGGAAGGUCUAGAGGGUUACUUUCUAUUAUAUGUAACACCUAUUAAUGGAUCCCAAGGUGAAGAAUCAAGGAUAUGAAACCUUUUUAUACAAGACCAUCCAAUUGUUUGCAUAUUACCAUAUUUUAUUAAAUACCAUUAUGAAAGGUUAUAAGAAAUGACAUGAUGGAAAGUAAUAUUAGGUGCAUUUCAAAGCUCUGCUGCAUGUUAUACCAUAGCAAUCUUGACCUGCAUUUUUGGCAGAAAAAUGAUAUUUUGUCUAGGAUGGAAGUUGUACAAUUGAAUGCAAGUCUAUGUCAAGUCAUUCUGUUUCCAGAUUUCUGAAUGUUCCUAGGACCAUUUCUAGCUCUUCUAAUGCUUUUGUGGGUCUUGUCUAGUUGUUUUACCUUGUUUCCGAAUACUAUUUAUGUAUCAAACAUCUUGUGCAUUGACUUUCAUAUAAGAGUUUUGUAGAAGUUUCACAGAAAAUCAGUUUGAAAUUGAGUUAAACUAGUAUCUGCCACAGUGAAAUAUACUGCAACUUUUAUUACUGUUGUUCAGGACUGUCUAGUUCUGGGGAUGCUGUUGGAAGAUUUCUUUUACUAAAAUUUUAUUCAUGUUGCUAACUUAUUCGGGUGAUUAUUAGUAUUGGAAGAUAUCUUUAUUACAGGACUUGGAAAGUGGAAACUUAUAUUGGGAUAAUUCUUUAAUGUUUGAUUCUUUCCUCUUUGGUUUUAUUUAAUUAUGUUUAGAUUUUUGUGUAUUACAAUCACUAUUUGAGAUGUUGGAGGAUGAUGCUCCUCUUUCUUACUUAAAAGUAACGCUGCAUUCCAUUAUGGCCUUAACCAAUCUUGAGUUACAAAGCAGGUAACAGAAGUUCAUUCUUUCUUAAAAGUAAGACUGCAUUCCAUUAUGGCCUUAACAAGGUAACAGGGCAGUUCAUAUAUGCACUCACCCAAAUGCACACUCUAUUUCUACAUUUUUUCAUCUGAAUCAGUCCUAGUUUCUAUUUUCUUUCUUUUUUUCAACAAUGUCUCUUUCUAAAAGAUUUAGAGAAUCAAGGUGCUCAUUGGUAACCUGAACUUCCUUCAAGCUCUGACCCAUUGAACUAGAAGAUUAUUUUCUUGUGAUCCAUUUCUCUUGCAUCUUCAUGUGCAAUGCCAUAUUGUAAGGUGCAUUAGUAGCUCCUUGAUGGCGCAACAAAGGAGAUACACCUCCACAGAGGAGGUGCGACCCCUGAUGCCACCGGGCGUUAGGCCUCGUGGCGCGAGGCUCCCAUAGGGUCACGGUAUGGCAGCAGUGACAUGGUGGUCAACACGACCUUGUCGGAGUUGGCCAAAAGAAAAAAAAAAUAUAGCAAGGAGGAAGAUGACAAUGGAAACAUUUGAAUAAAUUAACAAUGAAAAGAAAGAAAUAAUGAGUAAAAAGAGAACAACAACAGUCCAUACAGCCCUUGUCGGUGGUCAAGGUGCCCAUGCCUGUGGUCAAGGUGGUCCUCACUGGCGGCCAUGGUAUGAUGUUUGGAGAAGGAGGUUUAGAGAAGGAGAUGCAUAUGGAAAAAGAAAAAAAAGGUGUGGGAUAAUGAAAAGUUGAAAAAUAGAGAUAGUAUUGUAUUUUUACUUUUGUUAGACACUGGAGAAAAAAUUGUAUGAGGUUUAGUGAGUUACAAGUUUUUGGGUAUUUGUCCAGUCCAUCAUUCUUUAUUUUGUACUAUCCCCCAAUCAUUUUUUAAAUCAAACAUUGGACAGAUAUUUUUGUGUUGUCCAGUCUUUUAUUUUUUAACGAAUCAAACGCAUCCUUAGGAUUUACAAUUGUCAAUCGUGGUUACUUAUAUUUUUCCUUAAAAUAUUAUCUUACUAACUUUUAUUGUGCUUGUUUUGUGUGCUCCAUGUUUUGACCAAAAUGAAGAAAAUAGAGAAACCAUCUUGAAUCAUCAAGCCUACUUUGUACUAGUUGUGGUGAUAUCAAUGUAUAUACAUCUAGUUCAAAAGUCUUAUGAAUUGAAUAGUAAACACCUAGUUAAAAAUAAUAGCAGCAGACAAGGUGGGAAACAAAGCUUGUGUUUGUAUAUAUAUACUGCUUUAUACUAUUCUAGUACUAGACCUGCUUUUAAGGCAUGAUAAUUAAAUGUUAUCUAAUGGUUUUUGUUUGUAAGAGCUAAAAGGAAACCAUAAAAACAUUGUGUUACCAAACAAAGGCAUCACCAAUGUUUUAAGAACCCGGACUGGACAAAACCUGAUGGCUCACCCAAUUCGUUUUGCUAAAAUGAUCAGAAAUGUAUUGGACUCGAUGUGACCAGAUUGAAGCAACCGAUUUUGUAGAAAAUUGGUAACUGCAAAGACUAAGGCUACCUCAGAAGUGAAUGACUGAGGAGCAAUAGAAGCUUGAGCAGAAACUCGAGUUUGGCUAGAAGAACCAACCUUAGCUAAUAUUCCUUUUGUGGCUUUUGGUGGGAACUUCUGGAAGGAUGAUGACAGUGUUUUGGGGGACCUCACAAUAUCUCAUGAAAUAACCCAGAUCCAAAACCUUCCUAAGAGGCUUCAACACUUGAGAGACUUGUCCUACUCAUUGAUUGCGACAAAAAUUACUAAUCAAAGUGGGGGAUCCAAGUAUCCCAUUGUCUGUCAGCACCAGGUAGGUGAUAUGAGAAGAAAUGAGGGAGCCCUAAUCCAUAUCCAUCCCUAUUUGGAUCCCAUAAAUGAACUCAACCCGAUCAAAGUUGAUGUUAGAAGUGUGAGUAAUGGGCAUGAGGUUGCAAUAAAAGAAGACAUCCCAAGAAUUUGUUAGAGUGAUAAUGGAUUCCCUAAGGAUCCUUCAUGGAGUGUUCUUGGAAGCUUGAAUCCUUUGUCCGACAUGUAAAGCUUAGUAGCCAUCUUCUUGUGAUCCUUGGUUCUAUUCAACCACUAAUAACAAGGAGUGAGGAGAGCAUCAAUAUCGGGCAUAUGUUAGAGGUUCAUCGGGGUCUUCAAGAAGUUGUUCAGAACAUCAAAUUUCACAGUCUUGUCCCACACCUUGACCUUGGUAGGAUAGGUUCCCUCCGUGUCAUAGGUGUUGGUAUAAAACUCCAUCAUCAACGCCUCAUCAAUGUUGUCCUUGGCCAGGGUGGUCAACAUUUGAUCCCACUUAUAAGGCCGAACAGUGUGCCUUGAAAGGCAAGUCUUCCUCAAAUAUGGAGAAUUCGAUGCUAUUAAGAAUGAGUUGGAGCAUUGCAAGUGGGAUCGGAUGUUGACCAUCCUGCCAAGGACAACGUUGAUGAGGUGUUGGUGAUGUAGUUUUAUACCAACGCCUAUGAUAUAAAGGGGAUCUAUCCUACCAAGGUCAAGGUGUGGGGCAAGACUUUGAAAUUUGAUGCCUGCACCUUGAACACUUUCCUGAAGACCCGAGUGAACCUCCAACCUAUGCCCGGGAAUGAUGCUUUCCUCACCCCUUAUGAUUAGUGGCUGAAAACACCAAGGAUCACACGGUGAUGGCUGCCAAGAUUUGCAUGCCAGGCAAAGGAUUUGAGCUCCCGAAGAACACUACAGGAGGGUCCUUAGGGAGUCCAUGACCACUCUUACCAAGUCUUGGAGUGUCUUCUCUUAUUAUAACUUCAUGCUCACUACUCACCCUUGUGACAUCAACUUUGAUCAUGAUUGGGUUGAGCUCAUUUAUGGGAUGGAUAUGGAUUUGGGAUCCAUUAUUUCUUCUCAAAUCAGCCAACCGAUACAAAUUAACUAUAGGAUGCUUGGAUUCCCUGCUUUGAUUAGUAAUCUCUGUUGCGGUCAAGGAGUGGGACAUGUUUCUCUCGUGUUGAAGUCUCUUGGGAAGGUUUUGGAUCUAGGUUAUUUCAAGAGAUACUGUGAGGUCCUUGUAGACAUUGUCAUCGUCCUUCUAGAUGUUCCCACCAGAUGUUGCAAGAGGAAUGUUGCUGCUGAGGCUGUUUCUUUUAGCCAAGCUCGGGCUCGUGCCCGAGCUUUUGUUGCUCCUCAACACUUCACUUCUGAGGCGACCCUCCAGUCUUUGCACGUGGGAUAGUUGUUGUUUCUUUAGAGCAUGCACCACCUCUCUUUGCACUAGCCUUAGACUACAGUGGAGGCCUUCUUUGGUCGUGUUCAGUGGCCUGGGGUCAGGCCUACUUUUCUUGAUGAGGAGCGUGUUGCUGCGCAGGGUGCUUAGGAUGGCACUGAUGAUGAUGAUGCUGAGGAUCAGGGAAGAGGUGGGAGAUGGAGGAGUAGGAGUUGGAUUUGAUUAGGAGAUGGAGAAGGAUCAGGAUGGAGGACAUGGCUUCAGCUGAGGCCAUGUUUGAUUUGAUUAGGACAUAUUUACUUUUCUGCAUUUUAGUUUCAAUUGAUACUUUUUAAUUUAGGAUUUGGUUAUGUUCAGUUUAGCUAACACUAGUUUAUGCGUGUGCUAGUUGUUAUUACUAUUUUGGGGGUAUGAACUUGGAUGUUGAUUAGUGUUUGGUUUGAGACGUAAUGCAUGUUGUGUUGGAAAAAAAAUCGUUCAUGAAAAUUGAGGUCUUGAGUGAAUA